AUGCGGGCCCCGCGCUCACCUCUUGCCCGCCCAUCGCGGCUGCUGCUUCUGCUACUGCUCAAGGUUUCUGCCCCUUCUGCCCUCGGGUCUGCCCCUGCGCCCAAGAAUGGAUCUUGUCUGGGAGAGAGCUGUUCACCUACAUUGAUCCAGCGCCGCAGCAGGGACGCUUGGGGACCGGGAAAUUCUGUAAGAGUCGUUCCGCGAGGCCGUGCGCCCAGGGAGGAGCUGCAGGCAGCUAUGCGCGCGGCGCACUCCUGGGACUUAUCGGCGACCGGGGGCGAUGGCCCAAGUGCGGGCAGACGGGCUGAGGCGUCGGCAGCCUGGCCCUCAGGAUCUCCAGUCAGGCCGCCUGGCGCCUGGAAGUGGGAAAGUGCCCGGGGUCAGGGGCAUCCUGGAGCUUUGGAGAGAGGGGACCCCAUGGCCCUCCAACUCUUCCUUCAGACCUCAGAGGAGAAAGAAAAGGGUCCCGGAGACGCUGGCAUUUCCGGGCACAGCCAGGAACAAAGUGUGAAGACUGAACCCGGAGCCAGCGAUCUUUUUUACUGGCCGGGGAGAGCCGGUAAACUUCGGGCUUCCCACCACAAGCCCCCAGCCAAGACGGUCAGCGGGUCGACGGGGUACGAAGGGCGGACAGUUGCACCCCCGGGCAAGGCCCUAGCCCAGAAUGGGUCAUCUGAUGAGGAGGUCCACGAGCGCGGGGGUCCCCGCCGGGGGAACAGCACGAACCGGCGCGUGAGGCUGAAGAACCCCUUCUACCCUCUGACCCAGGAGUCGUACGGAGCCUACGCGAUCAUGUGUUUGUCGGUGGUGAUCUUUGGGACGGGCAUCAUUGGCAACCUGGCGGUGAUGUGCAUCGUGUGUCACAACUACUACAUGCGGAGCAUCUCUAACUCCCUUUUGGCCAACCUGGCCUUCUGGGACUUCCUCAUCAUCUUCUUCUGCCUUCCGCUGGUCAUCUUCCACGAGCUGACCAAGAAGUGGCUGCUGGAGGACUUCUCCUGCAAGAUCGUUCCCUAUAUCGAGGUCUCAUCUCUGGGAGUCACUACCUUCACCUUAUGUGCUCUGUGUAUAGACCGCUUCCGUGCUGCCAGCAACGUACAGAUGUACUAUGAAAUGAUCGAAAACUGUUCUUCAACCACUGCCAAACUUGCAGUCAUAUGGGUCGGCGCUCUACUGUUGGCACUUCCAGAAGUUGUUCUCCGCCAGCUGAGCAGGGAGGAUUUGGGGUUUAGCGGCCGAGCACCUGCAGAGAGGUGCGUUAUAAAGAUCUCUCCUGAUUUACCCGACACCAUCUAUGUUUUAGCCCUCACUUACGACAGUGCGAGACUCUGGUGGUAUUUUGGCUGUUACUUUUGUUUGCCCACACUUUUCACCAUCACCUGCUCUUUAGUGACUGCAAGGAAAAUCCGCAAAGCAGAGAAAGCCUGUACCCGAGGGAAUAAGCGGCAGAUUCAACUAGAAAGUCAGAUGAACUGUACAGUAGUGGCACUGACCAUUUUGUAUGGAUUUUGCAUUAUUCCUGAAAAUAUAUGCAACAUUGUCACUGCUUAUAUGGCUACAGGGGUUUCACAACAGACAAUGGACCUCCUUAAUAUCAUCAGCCAGUUUCUUUUGUUCUUUAAGUCCUGUGUUACCCCAGUCCUCCUUUUCUGUCUCUGCAAACCCUUCAGUCGGGCCUUUAUGGAGUGCUGCUGCUGUUGCUGUGAGGAAUGCAUUCAGAAGUCUUCCACAGUGACCAGCGAUGACAAUGACAACGAAUACACCACAGAACUUGAACUCUCACCUUUCAGUACCAUACGCCGUGAAAUGUCCACUUUUGCUUCUGUUGGAACUCAUUGCUAA